AGAUCCAUUCAUGGAGACUGCAACACUCAUGGAGAAGAUCGAGCAGGAAGCAUGUCCAGGACAAGAGAAGGAAGUUGUAGAGAAGGUAGUUGGUUUCUUGAAUCAAUCAGGAGAGAUUGCUGUUGUUGGUGAUGUGGCUGCUCUCAAUCCUGCUUGUCUACAUCAAUAUGCCAUCGGUCCUAUUGUUGCUUCCAAGGAUUUCAAGUGGCAUGUCAAGUCAGAGAGAAAUGAUGGCACAGUAACAAGAGAAGAAGCAAAAACGGCAAUCGAUCAUUACUUGAGAGAUCACAAGAUUGCUGUUCAACUCAACACAGAUAAAGUUCUCGCUAUCAACAAAUCUCUUGGUAUCUGCUUCAAAGUGGAAGGCAGCAAUGACACGUACAUGUUUCCAGCUCUCUUGCCUCCUAAGGAUCUGUCUGUUGUGUGGAAGAAAGAUGAGAAUAAGAAAGUGUAUGUCGGUCGACGUCAAGUGUGCAGAAGUCAGACGACCAUCUUCAGUCCAUCUACAUUCUGCAUGUUUCAAUCUAAAGUUUGCACAACAUUAGAUCCAGAAGCAAGGCUGUGGAGGGAUGGACUGAUCUUAUCACAAUGCAGUACAAUUCAUAAUCUCAUCGAGUGUUUGGUGGCCAUGAUAGAUCCUGUUCGUUCUGUUGACUUUGUGUGUCGUGGAGGCAAGGGAACAGAAAAAGAUUGUGGGUCAUUGCUGGACACUGUCAUGUCUCUUUGGAGAGAUACGUUAGACAGCUACAGUCCGGGCACUGAAUAUCAGACUGAAUAUCUGAGCAGAAAGCAUUUAGAGGAACACAAACAACUGAAACAUGUUGCUACCUACUGUGAGAAGAAAAUCAAGGAAGCAAUGGCAAAGGAAGAAGGAGCAUGUGCUGCUGUCAAGCAAGUAGUCGGUGAUGAGCUGAUGGUAGAAAGUCUUGGCGACCUGCUGGUUGUACCAUCAUCAGCUGCUAGAAUGCCAACCACUACAGUUGUUGUCCAUCCCACUGCAGUAGUGGCAGCUGUCAUGAAGCACGGUUCAUCUCAAUGGUAUUUAUUUGGACAGAAAUUAGGUUUCAGUCACCAGGAAGUUAAUUCCUUAUGUCAUGACAAAGUGACUGCAGCUUCUAAAUUGUCUGCAAUUAUUCAAGUGAAGACUGAACAAGUUGGUGAUGUGAAGAAGAUUGAUGAUCUGCUGUCGGAGAUAUGUGGACUGUUGCCAAGUCGAAUUGAUGGGUUAGUCAAGGAGGAGCUUGGACUUGCUCAUUAGCCACACGAGUGCAGUUGUGGACAUGAUAUUUUGUCAUAAUAAUAAUAAUAGGGAUUUAUUGAUGAAAUAUUUAUUAUCAAAGCAAGGCAG